GAUACAACACAGUAACUUUUAAAACCAAUCUUCUUGUUUCGUAUAGCUGUAUUACCAAGUCUUAAACUUUGCGAUGAUAGUGUCUUCUGCCCUUAUGAUAUGGAAGGGGCUGAUCGUCAUUACUGGCAGCGAAAGCCCUAUUGUUGUGGUGCUCAGUGGCAGCAUGGAGCCAGCUUUUCACAGGGGAGACCUGUUGUUCUUAACAAAUUUCCAUGAUGACCCAAUCAGAGCUGGUGAAAUAGUUGUUUUUAAAGUUGAAGGCAGAGACAUUCCAAUAGUUCACAGAGUAAUCAAGAUACAUGAAAAAGAAAAUGGGAACAUCAAAUUUCUGACUAAAGGUGAUAACAAUGAAGUUGAUGAUAGAGGCUUGUACAAAGAGGGUCAGAACUGGUUAGAGAAGAAGGAUGUUGUUGGAAGAGCCAGAGGAUUUUUGCCUUAUGUUGGUAUGGUAACUAUAAUAAUGAAUGACUAUCCAAAAUUUAAGUAUGCUCUUCUGGCAGUAAUGGGAGCAUAUGUACUGCUGAAACGUGAAUCCUGAAAAGAAAAAAGGUCACGUUUCCAAGAAUGAAGUACAAAGUUAAAUAUACAGGGGGAAAAAACCUAAUAUAUUUCAGAUGUUUUCAUUUCUGUAUACAAUUACAAAACUGUGCAAGCUUUUGUCUUGUCUAAAUAAACUGUACAACUGAUGAGU